UUGCGUACAAUCCGAAAAAGCGACAACCUUUUAUCAGCCGAUGCUAGCUGGCUAGCAACCAGUAUGAAAUGCCAUUACUGUUAGCUUCUCUCCCACCGGGGCUUCGUUUUCUCAUUAAUCGGAAGGGCGUGACACUUGGAAGCCUGAGGACGUAUGCGUUUUUCGGGGACAUCGCCUCAAGAAGAAACCGUUUGCGGGAGUUCUAAUGCGAAGUCACGGUUAGCAUUAGCUAGCGCUCACGGGGCUGCGUAUAUAAACAACGGCUGCGGCUCAGCUGAGCCACGACGCUCUGUUAUGGAGUCUCGAGGUAAAAUAUAAACUAUUUAUUUUCUACUUUAAUUAACUUAACUUUUUAAAACCCCAAUACGGCAUUUAUGCCGUGUUUAAUUUAGUUUAACGUCGAGUAAGCGCUAUUGAGCAAGUGGAAAUUAAGCUUCUUACUUGCUAACGUUAAUCUUGGAUUUUACUGGCUGGCUCCACGCCACAUGUAUAGCCUAAACAUGUCGUAGAAUCGAUUAAUCAUUAGAGGACGCUACUCAGGGAAGUCUGUGUCUUUAACGAGAGAGACUUCAUGAGGUCGAUAAGAAGGAGCGAUAGAGGUUUCAUAAGCUCUGUUUGUAAAUAACCCCUCCUUCCGGGGGCCAUACCAGGUGUUGGCAGGUCAUGGCUCCCUGCUAACUGCACUGCUGCUGAGGCACCGCUGGGUGUUUGGGACCGGUGAUGUUACACAGACGUCCUAUAUUACCGAGGUUGAGGUCGUGUGACUCGGGACUAGUCAUAGUGUCCAGCAGGCAGAGUCGGCCAUAACCGGAGCCUUUGUUUCAACACGUUAAACAAGACUAAGCACACUUUGCGGGUAUGAUUUUGGCACAGCGUGAGGUGAUGGGUCUGCUUUUGUUGGACUGUCAGUGAACGGUCUUAGUCUCUGACUCUCCCUUCUUUGGAGAAGAAGAUGGAUACAGUAUUCAGGUCUCACCAGGGCGAGCCUUUCGUCCACCCGCUCUCCAACCCCGGGACUCCGGGGAUCUGUCCCGAGAUGCUGGAGGUGGCGGAGGAGGCUAACCGGGCCGGGGACUUUAACCUGGCCGCGGAGAUCUACAGCUCCCUGCAGGCUGACUUGCAGCAGCCGGACAGAGGCUUGUGUCUAAGGAAGGCGGACUCUCUGACCCGCGCAGGACGGAUAUCCGAGGCGCUGGACCCCUACUGCACAGCGGCCAGUCUUGACAAACUGCGCCCGGAGGAGCUCCCCAUCCUGGUGGAAACCAUCGCCCGGACUCUCCAGGAGAAAGAGCUGAGCAUCCUCGCUACGACAAACGGUACAAGCAGUAGCAGCGGGGAGGAGGAUGGGAUUGUUGGUAACGGGGAAUGCGAGGUGGAUGAAGCCAUGGACUUGUUUUCAUGUCGCCUCUGCAAGUGUCUGCUCCACGAGCCCACCACCGUGGAGUGCGGACACACUUUCUGUAAACGCUGCUUAGAGGACGAGACUGUCAAAGAAUGCACACUAUGCAAACACACGUUGGACAACAAAGACGGACUGCCAAACGGCCUGCGACUGAACGUGGUUCUCAGCGGCCUGUUGGAUAAACUGUUUGCAACUGAGAGCAGAUCCAGGAGGUUUUGGAUUGAGGGUGAGGUGCUGUGGAAGAACCAGAACCUCUCGGAGGCCUUGGAGAAGUACGAUGCUGCUGUAGAUCUAGUGCCCUCCUCAGGCCGACUGCUGUUUCAACGGGCUGAGUUGAACAUGGAGAUGAGGAACUUCAGCAAGGCAGUGCAGGACACCAGUAGCCUCUGUAGAACAAAACCUCUCUGGACCGAGGCUCACUAUCUGAAAGCCAGUGCUCUCAGGAAAGCAGACCGGAACGACGAAGCCUUGCAGGAAUACUUAAUAUGUCUGGCGCUGAAGCCCGACUGGACCAAAGUCAAACUGGAGGCUCAGAAGGUCCUUAGCGAGCUCUUUUCCUCCGUAUUUGAUAAUGAGGACAGGCCGACACCACUGCAUCCUCUGCAGGGAGGGUUGGCCAGCCGCCUCAUCAAACCUGACAUCUUGCUCAGGUCCCUGAGGCCUCUCACACAGAGACCAGGCUCCUCCUCACAGGACUCUGAUAUCAGUGUGAACAUACAUGCUCCAGUGGACAACUCAUCCUCCAGACUGUCCAUUGUGGCACCCGGUAAAUUGGACCCCGCUGCAGGGGAAGGCUGCACUAAGAGCCUUGCCGUCGUUCUGGCUGCACUACCGGCGUUCCCUAGUGGCCUUAAGAGGAAACAUGGCAAUGACGUACCAUCAGAAACCUUCAACCCCCCCUCCAAACAGCUCAGACCAGAUGAGGUGAGCGGCUCACAGACAUUGGGCUCAGUGUGCGGAGGAAGGAUUGUUCCUGCUGACCUGUUGGACAGUGGAGACAUGGAGUGUUCACUGUGCAUGAGAUUGUUCUAUGAGCCCGUGGCCACUCCCUGCGGACACACCUUCUGCCUCAAGUGUCUGGAGCGCUGCAUGGAUCACAACCCCAACUGUCCCCUGUGCAAGGAGAACCUUGCUGAGUAUCUGGCCACCAGGGGUUACAACAAGACCCUGCUGAUGGAGGAAGUGCUGCAGCGUUACCUAGGAGACGAGCUGAAUGAGAGGAAGAAAAUCCAUGAAGAGGAGAUGACGGAAUUGUCCAACUUGAAACAAGAAGUGCCGGUCUUUGUGUGCACCAUGGCCUUCCCCACAAUCCCCUGCCCGUUGCACGUGUUUGAACCGCGCUACCGCCUCAUGAUCCGCCGCUCCAUGGAGACUGGAACCAAGCAGUUCGGCAUGUGUAUAGCUGAUGAGCUCAAAGGAUUCGCCGACUUCGGCUGCAUGCUGCAGGUUCGGGAUGUGAAGUUCUUUCCUGAUGGCCGUUCAGUGGUGGACACCAUUGGUGUGUCACGGUUCAAAGUCCUCAGCCAUGGCCAAAGAGAUGGUUACAACACGGCUAAGAUCGAGUACCUGGAAGACAAAAAGGUUGAGGGAGAGGAACUGGUGGAGCUGGUGAAGCUGCAUGACUCUGUGUAUGACCAGGCAAACGGCUGGUUCACCUCGCUGAAAGACAACAUGAAGAGCCAGAUACUCAGCCACUUCGGACACCUUCCCAGCAAAGACCCUGACCCACAGGGCAGUCCCUGUGGUCCGGCCUGGUGCUGGUGGCUGCUCGCUGUCCUUCCCCUGGAGAAUAGAGCCCAGCUGACCAUCCUGUCCAUGACCUCCCUCAAAGAGCGACUCAUUGCCAUCCGCAGGGUCCUCAUCUUUGUCACGCGCAAGAGGCCACGGUGAUGGCUGAGCAGUCAGACAGGAUGCUUGGGCUUCUAUGCAGUUCAAAACUCAUUGGUCAUUCAAUGGUCAUUUGGUGUUUUACUCAUUCAUACUGUACUGAAGUCACACAGUCGUUUCUGUUGGGAAUGAAAGAGGGUUGGUUGUGCUCGUAUGAUGGCAUUCCCUUCCCACUAUUCAUCUGUUCAUCCUCCAACCAACAACCUAACUGGCUGUAUUGAGCAACAAAACAUUUGAAAGGACUGCCCUCUCACCUUGUUAUGUUCAGGGUAAAAGCGGUCCUGCUGAGCCCUGUCACUUCCAUUAGGUGUCUCCUGGAUGAUUCACUCGACUCUGUUCUGAAGGAACAAAAAUGUAUCAUUCUUGGCGGACCUACUCGAGAGGUAGAUCGGUUCCAUCCGCGGCUCCUCCAGAUUUUGACGAAGUGUCCUUGUGCAAGACGCUGAACCCCAAACUGCUCCUGAUGCUGUGUCAUUGUGAGCAUGUGGGAAUUAGUGAGUGACCCGUACAUUGUAAAGCAUUUUUAGUGGUGGGCCAACACGAAAAGCUCAAUAUAAAUGCAGUAUUUUUUUUUUUUUACCAUUUUACCACCACUAAAGCAUUGUCAAAAGGAAAGGAUCAGGUUCAAGAGAUUUUUUCAACCUAUGCCGCAGUAUGUCACAAGCUGAAACAGACGCUGGCCUGUCACAUUGCAGUGUGGCUGUGUGACUGCUUGUACAGGUAUGGAAUCAAUACCAAAUCUCACCUACUGCAACAUGAAGCAAAAACACUCGAACAAGUACAACUCUAAAACAUCUCGCUCCUCUCGUCUCGGCAGAAGGUUCAACACAAGUCAAGGGUAAACCCACAUCGGGGCUCACACAGAAGAUCCAGAUCCAUUUGAUCGGGAACUUAAAUGUUCUAUUGUAGCAUUUCUCUGGACUUCAAAUUCCAUCUUGGUUUAUUGAGUUUCUCCCUCUUAUAUGCCCGUUUGUGUACGUGUAUGGUGAACUUUUAAGUUGGGUGAUUUGUAUGUACAUCAAUGUAACUUGGAGGCCUUUUUAAUAUGUUUUAUUUAAGAAACGUUUCAACCUCUCUUUUCUCUACUUCGAUCUCUCUCUGUCUGGGUGAAUUUGGACGCACGCUGUAAUGCAAUUCCUGUUUGUGAAGUUGGUCUGUGGGGUUUCCCUGUGAACAAAGAGUUACAGAAUCAAUGCUUUUCUCGCGCGCGCGUGUGUGCGUGCGUGCGUGCGUGCGUGCGUGCGUGCGUGCGUGCGUGCGUGCGUGCGUGCGUGCGUGCGUGCGUGCGUGUGUCUCUCUCUCUCUCUCUCUCUCUCUCUCUCUCUCUCUCUCUCUCUCUCUCUCUCUCUCUCUCUCUCUCUCUCUCUUCCCCCCCCCCCCUCCUUGGGGCCUGACAAACGUGCUGAAUCAUUUUCCUUAGUCUGAAAAAGUUUGCAAAGCAGAUGUCUUAAAGGAAGUAUUUUGACCUGGCAUUGUUUGCUGUUUCCCCUGCCUUUAUUGGCUCAAUCCUGUUUACUUGGGUUAAACAGCGAACAUUAAUUUGUAACUGCUCCACAGCGCUUAACAAAAAUGUUAUGUUGCGAUUGGAUCGCAGGUACCAUUGGGAGGUUUUGGCCACCUGUGUUGUUGUUCACAAGAAUCUUCACCAGUGUGCUUUUAACAUCUGGAGGUUGUUGAUUGCUCAAAUUUGACGCCUUUUGCAAGUCAUUAAAUUAAAUAAAGUCAUUAAGUAAAUAAAAUCACAUUAUGAUUAAUUUAAAACUGGUAAGGCUGUGGUUGUAAUUGCAUUACCAGCGUGCGGGAAAAUGCUCCGUUCCUCUAUACAAUUCUGUCCUUCCAAAAGUUUGUGACUCCACUGCAGUUGCUGCCUCUCCCCAUAGGAGCAGUGUUCACAAUGUGCUGCAUUUCCCUUGUAUAUUUGUAUAGGGAGCUCUUAUACCUAUUUUUUAUUGCAAAUAAAGAGAAUUAAUUGA